AUGGCGUUGAAAUCUACACCGGUUGUGUUCGGUCUGAUGACUCGCUUGUCUCGACGAUCUUUCUCUACUUCUAAAGCUUUGGCUUCAAAACCUAUGACUGUUCGUGAUGCAUUAAAUCAAGCAUUAGAUGAGGAAAUGGCUCGAGAUGAAAGAGUUUUUAUUUUAGGUGAAGAAGUAGCUCAAUACGAUGGUGCCUAUAAAGUCAGCAGAGGACUCUGGAAGAAGUAUGGAGAUAAGCGUGUUAUUGAUACUCCUAUAACAGAGGCUGGGUUUGCUGGUAUUGCUGUGGGUGCUGCUUUUGCUGGACUCAGGCCAGUCUGUGAAUUCAUGACAUUCAAUUUCUCCAUGCAAGCUAUUGAUCAUGUGAUAAACUCAGCUGCCAAAACAUUCUACAUGUCGGCUGGUACAGUACCAGUACCAAUUGUGUUCCGCGGACCCAAUGGUGCAGCAUCCGGGGUGGCCGCGCAACACUCGCAGUGCUUCGGUGCCUGGUACAGCCACUGCCCAGGACUUAAAGUCCUUAUGCCAUACUCAUCGGAAGAUGCUAAAGGUCUCCUUAAAGCAGCUAUCAGAGACCCAGACCCAGUAGUGUUCCUAGAGGAUGAAAUUCUGUACGGUGUACAAUUCCCAAUGUCAGAUGAGGCUUUAUCUAAUGACUUUGUGCUACCUAUUGGAAAAGCUAAAAUAGAGAGGCCAGGUCAACACAUCACUUUAGUGUGUGCGGGUAAAGCAACUGACACUGCUUUGCAGGCAGCUAAUGAACUCGCAGGAAAUGGUGUCGAGUGUGAAGUGAUAAAUCUAAGAUCACUGCGGCCUCUAGACUACGAAACGAUUGCACAAUCCAUCGCGAAAACUCACCACCUUGUCACCGUCGAACAAGGCUGGCCCCAGUCAGGCAUCGGCGCGGAGAUUUGCGCGCGCGUUAUGGAGUCGCCCGCAUUUUUCGAGCUGGACGCGCCGGCGUGGCGCGUGACCGGCGCCGACGUGCCCAUGCCGUACGCGCGCAACCUCGAGGCGCUCGCGCUGCCGCGCCCCGUGGACGUGGUGGCGGCCGUGCGCACCGUGCUUGGCAACAGGAUAAGUCAAACUGUACAGCAGUGA